ACACGCACACACACACACACACACACAUACUAGAGACCCGUCUACCACACACCGACUGAUGCCUACAGUCUUUUAAAAUCAGCGGUUCUUGUUGUCUGAGAGCUGCGGAGAUAAAACACAAUGUGGACUCACUCUUAUUUCUGAGGAAACUGACCGCGGACGAGCAGGAAAAACGGCACCCUAAGGCAAAGUGAUGUCAGCCCAGCCUCCAAGCUGAAGGGAGGGAAUGGAAGUGUCAAGAAACACAGAUGAGCAUGGAGGAGCUCCCUGGGGAGGGACAGUCCUCCUCCGCCACAUCCGUAACCGUCAGAGAGGUGGAAUCAAAUUCACUGGACCUUCUCAUGGUUUUUGGUUAAUAAGGGUGCUAGUGGGAGUGAUGUCGGCAGGCGAGGAGCUGGAUGGUGAGGCGGCAGCGCCUGUGUACGUGUACGAAUCCAAGGUCCACUGUGCCAAUGUGCUGUUGAGCCUGGAGGAGCAGCGGCGGCAAGGCAUCCUGUGCGAUGUGACCAUACUGGUGGAAGGCAGGGAGGUGCGAGCACACAGGGCCGUCCUCGCUGCCAGUAGCCGAUACUUCCUGCAAGCCCUGCUGGGGCACCAUGGGUCACCAGGAGAACCAGAGCCCAUCAUUAAUCUGCCAGAUAAGGUGACGGCUAAGGGUUUUGCUCCACUUCUCCAGUUUGCCUACACAGCCAAGCUGAUUUUAAGUCAGGACAACAUCCAUGAGGUCAUCCUGUGUGCUGACUUCCUGGGUGUUCACAAUUUGGAGGACUCUUGCUUCCGGUUCCUUCAAGUCCAGCUACAGAAUGACAGCCAACAUGCCAUUAACAGCAAGGUGGAAUAUGGUGAUCACAUCACGGCCGAUGACACAGUCUUUUCUGAGGCAGUAUCCUUGGAUGAUUCUGCAGAGAGCAGGCAGCAACCCAAUCAUGUAGCAAGCACUGCGUCACUUCCCUCUGACCUUCCUCAAUGUCCCAAAUACAGGAAAUACCAGUACCAGAUCUGUGAGAAGCACAAUGGCGAAAACCAUCAUGGCGAUGAUGAUGUAAUUUUGGCCAACCAUACCUCAGUUAUCCCAGUGAGUUCCCAGCUCCCAGACAGCAGUGCUGCUCCACAAACUCUUCUUACUCCUUCCAGGAUCAAAGAGGAACCCUUUGUGUUUGAGGAAGGAGAUGACAGGAAUGGAUGCAACCCAGAAUUGUGUACUGAGGAGGUACUGGAGAUGGAGCUAGAGGUAGAAGGGGUUCCAGAAGCAGCUGAGCACUCUCCAAGCAGGGGCUCACCCUCUUCCUGCCUGCGCUCCUACCUUCAGAGAGGUGGCCUAGAUCUCAGUGGAGUGCCCAGUACCACCAUCCAGCAGCUCCUCACCAACAGACUGUCCCUCAACCACUACAGGGAACUGGUCAAAGAUAAGCAGAGGGAUAAGAGGGAAUCUCUGGUUCAAGUGGGCCUCAAGAACAGAAUUGCAGAUGUUAUACCAGCAGCGCUGACUGGCAUUGGCAGGAAUAUGGAAAGGCCAGUGUCCAAAGCCUCCUCCUCUAAACAUGAGGGGGAGCUAGACAGACGUAGUGUCAUUUUCUCUUCAGCAACUGGCGAACAACAAAUGUUGGCCCAUUCCUACAUGGAGGAGAAGUUCAGAGAAAAAGUUUCAAACCUAAUGCAGAUUGAAGCUCCUUCUUCUGGCAGAUCAUGCCUCAGUGCCAGCUGCCCUGUUCCCAUCAAGACAUCAGCCCACUCUCCCUCCCCCUCUGAGCCCCGAACUCAGACUUCCAGCUCCCGUUCCUCGUUCUCUUACCCAGAAGACGCAGGCAGUGGCAGCUCACCUUCCAGCCUGCGACAGUUUGACUUCUCCUUAUCCCCGCACUCGGGCUCCAUCUCUGGACUGUCUCACUGCUUGGCUGGGGUGGUGGAGCAGAGGAACCCUCACAGUGGAGAGGUUGUCUUCUCUCAGGGUUGCACCAAGAUCAAAAGUGAGAUGGGAUUUGGUGCCAGUGGUGGCAACUCCAGCGAUGAAUCAUGCUCGUUCUCAGAGGGAGACAGUGAAAGUAGCGUCACCAGAAUCUCUGGCCCUGAGGUGAAGCUGCCCUUCCCUGUGGACCAGAUCACCAACCUACCACGCAAUGACUUCCAGAUCCUCAUCAAGAUGCACAAGCUGACCUCGGAGCAGCUGGAGUUCAUCCACGACAUCCGCCGCCGCAGCAAAAACCGCAUCGCUGCCCAGCGCUGUCGCAAGAGGAAACUGGACUGCAUCCAGAAUCUUGAGGGCGAGAUCCGCAAACUGGUGUGUGAGAAGGAGAAGCUGCUGAGCGAGCGCAACCAGCUGAAGGUGUGUAUGUCUGAGCUGUGGCAGAACCUCUCCUUCCUCUCCCAGCAAGUGUGUAGGGAGGUGCAGGGCAGCCAGCCACCCGCUGUUUCUGCCAGUAUUGACCUCACAUCCAACCCGCCAUCGCCUUCUUCUGAUGAGGGCACGUCACCGCAACAAAAUGAAGCUACAUGUCUGUUGGAGAUGGGUUCCAGUCAGGGGGGGCUAGAGGAUAGGCAGUCAGGGGUGGAGGUGUCUGGUCUGGAGCAGGAGAACCCAGAGUGUGCACUGGUGCUUGGAUCCACUGAGGAAGUAUGUAGCCCCACUGUAACAGUGGAUUUCUGUCAGGAAAUGACUGAGAAAUGCACAACGGAGGAACAGAAGAGACAUGACUGUACUUAGAGUCUGGUGGCAAAGUUUUUGUCUAUUCAUACUUGUCUAUACCUUGAUAUUUGAAGUUUGUUUUUUUUUCUUUUUUUUGUAAUGGACGACACAUGGCUGUCUUCUCAGCAAUACUGUUCAAUAGGUAUUUUUGGACAGGUGAUAAAACAAAAGCACUGGCAGCUUUCUCUUUCUCUCUCUCUCUUUCUCUGUCUCAUCCUGACUUUUUCUUCCUGUCAGCUUCCCUCCCUCCUCAUGCAUCAUGGGAGGUUAAACUCAGGAAUUUCUCAGAAUGUUCAGUAGCCUAAUGUCCCUGUUAACAUGUACAUGCACUUUACUUUACAGUCCUGUCAAAUCUUGAUAAUUACUUCAGUACAUAUGAGUGGUUUGAAGUAAAUUAUUCAUAUUUGAUCUCCAAGUCAGUUUUAAUAUUGAGAAUCUGUCACCUCUGGUUUACUUAAGGGAAAAGGGCAACAUUAUGGGUUUUGCUUUCUUUCCCAGAGUGAGAUGAGAGGAUUGAUAAUCUCAUGUCUGUGUGUUCAGAGAUGCAGUCAGAA